GGAUGCGUUGAACUAAACUUAGUGCAGUGGCAGUGCGACUGCACUGUGUCUGUGACUCCCCGCGAUCCCAAACCGGGCCGGGCCCUUUCACUGUCUUCAGUUUCAAAAGACAAAAGACAAAAGCCAAAGUUCAGAAUGGGAAGCAGCAUCUUGCCCUUACACCAGACAGCUUGUACUGUGGUUGUUAGAACAUUGCUUGAUCGCAGCGAUCCACAUUCCGAAGAGAAUCGGAGGACAGGAAAGCAUCUCGUAAAGCAGCUAGAGAGCAAUGUCUUUACUUCUGUCAGCGGUGAUGUGCUGAAGAUGUUUGUGAAGAGGUAUCCGUCUCGUGUCUCAUCGGAUCUUGUGCUCCUCCUAGCUCCACCUCAUCUUAGAGUUUUGGAUCUCACAAGAUGCCAUAAAAUCGGAACGCCUGAAAAUGACCUGCAGGUUCUCCGAAAAGCACUCUCAAAAUGCAUGCAUCUGAAAACCCUGAUUCUGGAUAAUAUAAGGAGAAGUGAUGGAUACUGCAUUGAAACAUUGAUGGAAGCCAUUGUUGAUACAGCUCCUCAACUUAUGUCAAUAUCUUUGGAACAUAUGUCAAUAAUGGAAGAUGAGCAUGUUCAUAUGUUGUUGAGGGGACUACCUCAUCUGACCUCCCUGAAGCUGUCCAAGUGUGCUGGACUGACGGAUGAUGUCUUCUACCUCGGUCAGAAUCAACUUUCAGAGCUCGCGCCAUUCAGAGAUUUCAUUCUUCCCGGGAGUCAUCUUGCAUCCGUUGACCUCUCUGGGUGUCAGAAGCUGACCAAUACCUGUAUAAGACAUCUGCUGGAGCUCUGUGGACCUAACCUGAGGAAUCUCAAUGUUUCUUACACAGGAAUGGACUGCACUGUCCUGUGGUACCUGUCCGGUUAUAGUUUGUCCUCAACAGUUCAAUUGGCACUAAAGUCAAUUAACCAAGUAGAGCCAUACACUGUAUUGGCCGUCAAACAGCUUCUGCAGACCUUGAACGCAUCACAGAAGAGACUAGAUGAGAUUAAAAGAGGUACCUUGGUUGAUGGCCCUCAAGGUGCAUCAUCUGAUGUUGGAACUCUUGUACAGGAUAACCCCAGAGAAGUCGGUGGGAACAGAGAGUCAUCUGUGACUUCUGAAACAGCUUCAAAAAAGCAGAUUGAUGGAAUGGUUGAAUCAAGUACUGUAUCAGAAAGUGAAACAGAUGAAUGCCAGGAUGCAGCUGCAGGAAGUAGUUGUCCACCAAGCUUAGCAUCAAGUGAUACUGAUACUGCCGCAGCAAGAGACGAGGUGGAAGACCUUGAUUCAGUUGUAACAUCACAGCUUGAUGCCCUAGAUAUCAGCUCUGGAGCAAACCUUGUGGUGUCUAGGGACACUGAGGUUGGUCAAUCAGGACUGACUUCCGAGUUAGGAAUUGACCCAAAUAUCCAGUUUUCAAUGUGCUCUGCAACAUAUAAUGGCCCAAAUAUGGAUACAAGACAAGACAGGAACAUAUGUGGCAUUGAAGAUGUCAUUCUUGAAAUGGAUUCUGGAGAACAAACACAAGAAAGGGAUGAUAUGGUAAAUACCAAUGCCAAUGUUAAACUUGGUGAAGCAUCAAUGGCUCAAGACCAAGCAAACAGUGGUGCAUGUGACUUGUUGAAUUCAAGUAGAUCUGAUCAGCUUCAUAAUUUGGAAGAUGAAAACGACAAGGUACAUGUAACAGCUGAUAGAAACAUGAAUGUCAAGUAUCCGAGCAAUGUCAACAUGCAAUGCCAGUUUUGUUGCCAUAACAAUAGAACUCACAGAUUAGGUAAAACGGGAUCAGCAAAUGAGAUUCUAGAACAAAAAGGUGACUCAGGUGAGACUGGGACUCUGCCAACACAGCCCGAUAUUCAAGUCGGUAUCACAAGUGAAAUGUCAGUCAGUGACACACCGGAAAGCAGAUGUAGUGGUAUAAACCAAAACCAGAGAACAGCUCUGAAUUCAAGCUUCCCCAAACCUAUGAACAAAGAUUCAAGUUCUGCUUUAGGAAGUAAUUGUAAUCUAUGUCAUGAUACUCCCUCUUCUUGUUUUGGUGUAGAGGAUAACACAAACACAUCAGCAAGUUCUUUCACUCCUACACAAUCCCUUGUGGAAUGUAGUGAACAUAUAUCUUGUGGAAAGAGUGGACAAAAUGUCUCGCUGGAUGCUGUUCCCUUGCCAUGUGAAGGUGCUUCUGAAUGUUCAGGGUUUUCAGCUUCUUCUACAGCUUCACGUUGCGUGAUGGAAACCACAGACUUAUGUGGAGAUGAAGGAAGCUUACAAAUGAAUAAGGCAAGUGUUUCAAGUAGUAGCCAAACAUUACAUGUUGAAGCUACUGCCGUGUGUUGUGCAAUCGAAACAAAAGACAGCAAUUUAAGUGGAGCUGGGAGUUCAUCUCUGAGUGACGGGGUUACAAAUACUGCUGGAUCUCCUGUCAAUAUGCAAUCCACCAUGGAGGUCUCGGAUGAUGAUGACACCCUGCAGGCUGGUACGUCUUCAGAACCUAGAGAAGGCCUUGACCCAUCAUUGCCAGCUGCUAUGCAAACACUACCUCGCCUCUUUGAACCUUACAUAGUCUCCCUGGACAUUAGUUUCAUUGACUGGGACCAUGCUGUUGUUGCAUCAUGUUUGGAAGACUUCUUUUCAGUUAAUCGUCAUCUGCAGAAAUUGGUCCUGUCACAGAAAGGUCUGACAAAUGCCACGCUUGAAAUCAUCUCUAAAAACGUCAAGGAACUUAGACAUUACAGUAUGUUUGACUGUCCUGAAAUCAGCAAUGAAGGUCUUGCAUCAUUCCUGAAAGGAUGUCCCAAGCUCCAACACCUAGAUAUCCAAGGCCUGAGCCAUGUUGGUGAUCAAGGAAUAUACCCCCUCUUUGAAGAUGGCGCUAACAGCAGACUGAGCGCCAUCAAGCUGGCAGAGAACAGUAUCAUGGACCUCACCCUGUCAGCGACCUGUAUCACUGAUAUCACCCUGUACAGAAUUGCUACAACCGUCGGUCCAAAGCUUCAAGAGCUGGUGCUACUAUGGUGUGAAGACGUUACAGAUGCUGGUCUUGAGAAGAUAGCCCUUAACUGCCCAUCUCUGAAGACCUUACUCCUAAGGCAGCGCUUCAUGCGAUCAGAAACGCUUCAGGCAUUCGCUGAUAAUUGUCCAAACCUGGAGGACGUUGGCCUGUCUUCAGUUAGUUGUAUAGCAGGGGAUCUCAUGGAAUCUGUAGCACCUAGACUCAAGAGGCUUAAAAUCCUGGAUGUCAGCUGGAAUGCAGAUUUAACGAACCAAUCUGUGUCAGCCAUCUUGUCAUCUUGUCCUGUCUUGUCAGAGCUAUUACUGUGUGGUGUCAAGCAGAUCACUGACAAACCUUUCCUAUCCAUCAUUGCAAAUUACUCAAAGUGGAAGAGGUGCCAGAUACUGAUUCAGCUUAAAGUGAGGGAACAGAAGUUAAGGAGAGAUACAGGGAUGGCUCAGCUUUCUAGUGAUGAGGAAUUUGAAGAUCUGUAUGUUCCUCACCGUUCUACCAGUUAUGCUCCAUCUCUUUGUGAUCUCAACUUGAGUUACUGUGACCACGUCAAAGACAACCGUCUGCAGGAAAUAGUGGCCGUUUGCAGAGGUACUCUCAACAUAGUAGAUUAUUAUGGUGAGGACAUUGCUCCAAAGCUUCUGCAUUCAUUAUAGUUUGGACAUUGAGGUGAUGGAACAAAAUAUGGAUUUCUCCUUAUAUGGCGAGAGAUUUGAAAAGUGUGUUAUUCUGUAACAACGCCUUGCUGUUCGUCUAAUCAAAGACAGUCACAGAUACAUUCCCAAUCACCUGUUUCAAACAGUUCAGACCAGGGUUUUAUUUAUUUAUUUAUUUCUGAUAUUUAAACAGGGUGACUCAUUAUCACCAAUAAUGGUGGUCUUCCACGAGUCCCUGUUGAACUUAAUGAGGUACGUUAUAGUUUGACAAAUAUAUAUAUGAUAAUAAUAUUAAUAAUAAAAUCUUGAACAUAAAUUCAUAACAGCAAUAAACAAUAAGUAAGAACAUGUUGAAACAUAUAUACAAAGUAUUGGGAAUCCUAGUAAUUUUGCGAUUGAUUGAAGGAUUCAAAAGACUGGGCCUAUGGUAUGGUUACAGUUGUAUGUCACAAGCUUCUUGUAAAUGAGACAAGUAUGGUUUGAGUGGAAACACAAUUCUCUGUACCACUCUGUUUUUGUCACAUAAUUAAACUGUGGAAUCCCAGAAAAUAAAUGACAAUUUAUUUUACAAGAUCAGUGUACUGAUUUAGAAGUUUAGCAGUUAGAUUAGUUCAAACAGAGUUUAGGGUUAGUGCUUAAAACUUGAAGUCUGUUAGUAACUUCAUUUUGCAGAUUUAUUUUUAUAUAUAUUGAUGAAAGGCAAGUUACUGACAAUUUUAGUGUGCUAACAAAUAUGUCUUUCAAAGUGAAUUGAUGAUCAAAUAAAGGCUCAUAGGUAAGUUGUAGAUGAUCCAACGAACAUCUGAAUUACCAGUAUUCCUUUGCUACUGAAAGUUAUGAUGGAGAUGGUAUGUCUUGGAUUGUCUUACUGGGUAGAUGUCUAUACGUCUUUCUAUAUUUCAUGUUAUUUCAGUACCCCAAGAAGUAUUUAAGGUGUUAACUUAAAACUUAUUACAGAAUGCAACAUCAUUUGCAGCAGGGAAAAGUAUGGUAGUCAAAUCUUAAUUUUUUUGCAAUACAAUGCUCAGUAGAGAUCCUGUUCUCGCUCUGUAUUCUAAGAGCCACUUCAAAAAUGAUUUUGGCACUUUGUAUCACUAUGCAUCAUCUCAGGGAAUUAUUCCUUUUAAAAUGCAGAUUUCAGUCAUGUCAAAGGGAGUAUUACGUGAUACUAUAUUUACUGAACGCGUUUUUGGUAGCUCUUGACGCUCCCAGAUACGGGUCAUGCUGAAUACUGAAUAUAUAUGUAAUACGGCAAGGCAUUGUAUUUUGUCCUGUACAUUUCAGAGAGUUUAGUAUUACCAUAUAUCCAUGUUCCUGAUGAUUGUAAUGCAUUGAUAGUCCUACUAUAGCUUAGGCAUGAUCUGACAUGAUCUUGGCAUGAUCACGAUGUGAUCUGACUAUGAUCAGAUUUUGGAAAAUUUGCAAAAGCAUAUUUGAUGUGAACAUUCAAACUUGUAAAAGAUCAAGGAUCUGAUAAUUGCAUGACUUACAAAAUUAAAACUUUAAGGGAUUUCAAGCUUUCUUGGGGGAAGAAAAGCUGAAUCUGCCCAGAACGCAGUGACGUCACACCAAUAUUGCAAUUGUCUACUACCUGAUGCGGUUUUUAUUCUGACUAGAAGGCCUAAAUGCAAUAAAAUUCUGGCUUCUAGUAUUCUUAUCAUUUUAUUAGUCGAAAAAAUUGUUUUUGCUACAGAAACGUGCAAUACAAGCAAUUACCAAAUCAAACUAUUUAGCACAUACCCAACAAUUAUUUAAAAAGUUUAAAAUAUUGAUUUUUUUUUAUAUAAACAAAUUACAACUAGCAUCGUUUGUUUUCUUAUUCUAUACAAUUAUAAUCCCAAUAACUUAAAACUUGACUUUUUUGAUAUAAAGUAUAAAACAAGGAAUUCCAAUAAAAUGUAUGUACCUUUUUAUAAUUUCUAUCGAAGGGUGGUAAUAUAGGGGAUCAACCUUGACAGGCCAAUGGCCUUUGUUGAUCCCUCGCAUCCACCACCCUUGAUCCUUUUUUCACAGUACCAUGUCAAUGAAUGUUUUUAUAUUUACAUUGUUUAAUUUAUACUGAUUUGUUUGUAAAUCUUCUUAUGUGUUUUUUAAAUAGAUGUGAAAUAUAAUUAGAAUUUCUUUAAAACUUGGAUCGCAGGAAUGGCCCAAUAAUAAUCAUAAUAUAUUACUUACUAAUUUUAUAGUGGUGAGAGAUAUUUGUCCUGCUAUUCCAUGGUAUAUGUAUUAUUGUAUCCCUGGUAGUAUGCUGGAAGGGGAAUUAGGAUUCAGCAGCAUUACGCCGCCGCCGCCGCCACGUCAUAUUCUUGUGUGCGCUCUAUUAACUGCCACAUUCCUUGACAGAAUCGGUUAUAGUAAAAUUUACAUGUAGAUAUUACUUAAUACAAAACACAAGGGAUCAAUACAAAAUUGGUGUAUCCUAUACGAUUUUCUUCCUUUAUUAAAUUAUUUGCAUUUGAAUGUAUACCAGGUUGAUAAUGAUAAGUACUUGCACAUUAUAAGAUUCUAAUAGAGUCAACCUUGCAUAAGUCGACCUUCCAUGAGUUCAAUAAUCGUUUAAGUCGAAGCAAUAAGUUUGAUACCUACAAUAAAACCAGGUAAUUUUUUACUGAUUUAAACAUGUAUAAUUGUAAUUAAUAGCUAUAAGUUAAUUAUUGAUGCAAUUAUCAAUAGGCAGAAGAUCGGUUUACCUCAAUAUGAACUAAGGUUAUUCCAUCGUAAAACAUGUCUAUCUUAGAUUUGUGAUUUUAUGAAAUUGACUAAGAUGCAUUUUUAAUUUACAACAUCGAUAUGAACAUGCAAAAAACUAACUAGUACAACUACCGCAAUAUUCUAUUGUCUUUCGAGACGGACAGAUGCUGAGAGAGACUUGUGACUAUAGUAUGUAUAUCUAUGCAAUACAUGAAUGUAAACUGUUAUACAAAGAUACUAAAUGCAAAUUAUAACAAAGGGGAGAAAGAUCAAAUUUUAAAAGUAAUAAAUUACUAUUAAUCACA